AUGCCCUUACGGCAGGUCGACAACAGCAUGAAGUUCGAUCCAGAGCCGCCCCAGGGACGGCCGGCCGCUCAUGCGAGCGAUCCAGGCGGAGAAGGGGAGGAGGGCAAUGGCAAGAGCAGCCCCCUGCAGUGGCGGAGAAUGCGAGUAGCCAGGAAUGGGUCAUGGAGAAGUUUCUUUCAAAGCUCCAGUCGAGGUGGACCCCAGCCCGUGAUGCAGAGGAGCCGAUCUGAAGGAUCGUUCAAGAGGAGGGAGGAGGUGGUAAAGGGGAAGAAGGCGGUGAAGGUGGAGAAGGUAGUAGUGGAGGAGGAGUUAGUGAGAGACAAGGGGGCAGUGAAGGUGGAGGAAGUGAUGAAGGUAGGGAAGGAAGGGGAGGAUGAGGCAAGAAGGGAGGUGCAGGAGCUGGUUUCAGAGAGAAGCAUUGAGGAGAGCAAGAUCGGCAGAGACCUGAGUCAUCAAAGUGAGGAUUCUGAAGAGACGUUGAACUCAGAAUGCGACUGGUCGGUCAGGAUCCCACCAGGAGAUAGCAACGAACUUCACGAGAACCUUUCAGAGCUGUCGGAGCCGGAGGAGGACGAGACCUCAAUGUCGUUGACUCAGACUUCGAGUCACUGGAUGAGUCAGCAUCUGCGGGUCGUCGCACAGCAGCAGCUCCAUGCUGCAUCCUCGGCCAUGACUCCUCUCAAGGUGACCGACGGGUUGGUCACGAGCAAGAACGACCCAGAAUACAGGAGCAGCCGCAGGCGCGGAGAAGGGAAGGAGCAGCCGGGAUGGCUCACGAUUCCGAGCAACAUCGAGGAGCGCAGAGUUGCCCUCAUCCAGCAGCACAAGGAGUCGGAGGAAAGCGAGCAGCUGGUUGUCCUCAAGGGAAAGAUGGAGCCUUCAGCUUCCACCACCGCCGGGUGGUCGUUGGUUCACCAUCAGAUCAGCAUGAAGCUCGACGAGGACGACCAGCCAUGGCCCUCUCCUCUCCAGCCCGGCCUCGAAAAUACUCCGACCCCCGCCAAGAGCCUCAAGAGCAGGAGGACCGCAAAGUGCUCCGUGUCAGAGCUGCCGAGCUCCGAGCAAGGCAUGUCGAUGCUCCGAUCCAUUUCCUCCUCCCUCGCAUGCAGCAAGGUGCAGCUGGACUUCGACGAGUCUUGA